CAUUAAGGAAAUGGCCCAGUUCGAAAAGGAAAUUGUGCAGGCGGUACUGAUAGCCGACAACAAUGUGUGGAACUUUAAGCCGCUCUCCGACGAGGGGUCCACGGCUCUGCUGCCGCUGGUGAAUGUGAGCAUGCUGGACUACGCGCUCAUCGCCCUGAAUCGCAGCGGCGUGGAGGAGGUCUUCGUGUACGCCAGCCUCUACCUGCAGGACGUCCGGGAUCACAUCAAGGCGGGCAUUGCCACGUACGCUUCGUGGUCCUUCAAGAUGACGGUCCAUGUGAUUGGCGGCGAGGGAUGUCGGUGCUUUGGCGAUGCCAUGAGAGAUCUGGACGCCAAGGCUCUGAUACGAGGCAAUUUCAUACUGCUGGGUGCGGACACGGUGACGAAUGCUGAUCUGCGGCCCGUGCUGGAGCAGCACAAGCGUCAGGCCAAGUUCGAUAAGGGCACGGCCGCCACGCUGGUGUUCAAGGAAUGCUCGAACAAUGUGCGCACGGGCAAUGAGCUGCUUAUUGCGGUCGACCGGCGCAACGAUCGGCUGCACUACCAUCAGCGGCUGAAGGUCCAUCAGAAGGAGUCACGCUACCAGAUUCCGCUGGACAUCUUCCUGGGCAACUCCUGUGUGGCACUGCAUCACAAUCUGCUCGAUCCGCAGAUAGCCAUUGGGUCGCCGUCCAUGCUGUCGCUGUUUAGUGAUAACUUUGACUUCCAGACCCGCGACGACUUCGUGCGCGGUCUGCUGAUCAACGAGGAGCUUCUGGACAGCAGGAUCUAUGUGGCACUCCUGCCGGCCGCCCAGUAUGCGCACAAGGUGAACAGCUGGCCGGCGUAUCAGCUAGUUAGCCGGGACAUCAUCAAUCGGUGGGCCUAUCCCCUGGUCCCCGACAUGGGCGUCUAUAAGCUGCAGCAGCAGUAUGUCUUCCACAAGGACAACAUCUACAAGAGCCACGAGGCGCAUGUGUCCAAGGUGGCGCUGCACGAGAAUGUGGUAAUCCAGGCGGGCAGCCACGUGGACAGCGGCACGGUGAUCAGCGACAGCGUCAUCGGAGUCAACUGCCGCAUUGGCAAGAACUGUCGGCUGACUAACGUCUUCUUGAUGGCCAAUGUCACCGUCAAGGACAAUUGUCGGCUGGAGCACUGCGUCCUUGGUGCGGGAGCCAUUGUCAACGAGGAUUGCGAUGUGAGCGCUGGCUGUGUGCUCGGUGCAAAGAGUGUGCUGCCAGCAAAGACAAAGCUGGCCAAUACCCUGAUCACCAGCACGCCCAGUACACAGCAAACCGAUGACCAGGAGCAGCAGGAGGCAACAGUGCAACUGGAGUCCCUUGGACCGCACGCCUUUAUCAUCAGCGAUCUGACAACCGGCGAUCCCGAGGACUCUGAUGGCGACGACUUCCUGCCCCAGCAGCCGCUUAGCAUACCCAAAAUGGGUGACCUGCUGGCACCACUGGAAGAGAUAAGCUACUUCAGCGACAACAGCGAGGAUGAUGAAGAUGCCUCGCGGGCGGUGACGCCGCUGCCUGAUGACACCAACAUUUUCCUUGGCGAGGUGAUCGAUUCGCUGACUCGCGGCUACCGGGAAAAAUCCAAUCCAGAUUUUCUUAUCCUGGAGAUUAACUCGUCGCGUUAUGCUUACAAUAUGUCUCUGAAGGAGGUCAACUUUAACGUGGUGAAGGCCGUCUUUGGCAUGCAGCACAUUGUGGAGCCUGCGAACAACAAUGUCCUGGUGGCCAUAAAUGCUGCCUUCAAGCAACUCGGACCCGUUGUCUCUAAUUAUAUCAAGAGCGAGGAUGCCAUGCUGGAUUGCCUCAAGGCGCUGGAGGACGUGUACGAGGAGAAUCCGCUGGUCAGGGAAAAGAUCUCGCAGAUUGUCCACUACCUGUACGACAAGGACUUUGUGUCCGAGGAUGCCAUCCAAGCGUGGUACGAGCAAUUGGAUGACCAGGAGCACGCCCAGCUGCGUCAGAGUCUAGCCAAGCUUGUCCAAUGGCUGGAUCAGUCCAGCGAGGAAGAGGAUGAUGAUGAUGACGACGAGGAAGAUGAGGAUUAAACAUAGACUUGGCUAGCGAUUUUAAAGGACUUUCUUCUUUUACAAUCUUUAUAAGUUUGUAAAUUCCGGAGAUCAUUCAAUGAUUUCACCGAAAGAUAAUUAAAUAAAAGCAAAAAC